AUGCUCCGGUCAUAUCUCCAGCUUGGGGGAUAUCGAGCCCCGGCUCUUCGCCCGCCAACCUGUAGACGCCUACUGAGAUCUUCUCCAUCACCGCAAUGGACACAAUUCCGGAAGCUUGCUUCAGUCUCCAGCCUGAAAACCCUUCCAGAGGUCGGACACCAGCUUCAUGGGUUUACCGUUCAGGAGAAGAAAGAUGUCCCGGAAUUGAACAUGACAGCAGUACGAUUGCGCCAUGACAAGACGCACGCAGACUACCUUCAUAUCGCCAGGGACGACAAGAAUAAUGUCUUCGGCAUUGGGUUCAAGACAAAUCCCCCGGAUGCCACAGGUGUGCCCCAUAUUCUGGAGCACACUACACUCUGCGGUAGUGAAAAGUAUCCCAUUCGCGAUCCGUUUUUCAAGAUGCUACCGCGUUCCCUGUCGAACUUUAUGAACGCCUUCACCUCUUCUGACCAUACUACCUAUCCGUUUGCCACGACGAAUGCUCAAGACUUCAAAAACCUGCUAUCUGUCUACCUGGAUGCGACGCUACACCCUCUGCUUAAGGAGGAGGAUUUCAGGCAGGAAGGAUGGCGGUUAGGACCCGAAGACCCUCGCGCGAUUGAGACUCAAAAGGAUGGUCUGAAACCGGAGGACAUUCUGUUUAAAGGAGUGGUUUACAAUGAAAUGAAGGGUCAGAUGUCCGACGCCAACUACCUUUACUGGAUCCGAUAUCAGGAAAGCAUUUUCCCCGCGAUCAACAACUCUGGAGGUGACCCUCAGUACAUCACUGAUCUAACUCACAAGCAACUGGUCGAGUUUUCCAAGCGAAAUUACAACCCUAGCAACGCCAAGAUCUUGACAUACGGCGAUAUGCCGUUGAAGGACCAUCUGAAGCAAGUUGGUGAAGUUUUGGAUGGAUUCACCCAGGGCGAAGCCGACACAGACGUGAAGCUCCCAAUUGAGCUCGAUGGUCCUGUGAACAUCACUGUUCCGGGGCCUAUCGACACUUUCGCUAGCGAGGACAAGCAGUUCAAAACUUCCACCUCGUGGUACAUGGGUGAGACGACAGACAUCGUUGAGACUUUCUCGGCUGGGAUUAUUUCUUCGCUGUUGUUGGAUGGCUAUGGGUCCCCGAUGUACAGGGCCUUGAUUGAGAGCGGUCUAGGUUCGUCUUUCACGCCAAACACUGGCCUCGAUACGUCAGGCAAAGUGCCCAUUUUCUCGGUCGGAGCCACUGGUGUGAGCGAGGAUCAAGUCCCUCGGGUGAAGGAGGAAAUCCAGCGCGUUUUCCAAGAGGCUCUCUCUAAGGGCUUCAACGACGAGAAGGUUCAAGGAUUCCUUCAUCAACUUGAACUUGCCCUCCGACACAAGACUGCCAGUUUCGGUAUUGGAGUCAUCCAGAAAACCAUCGGCUCCUGGCUCAAUGGUUCAGAUCCGAUGAAAGAGCUUGCUUGGAAUGAGGUUAUCGAUGAAUUCAAGCGCAGGUACGCCCAGAAGGGCUAUCUAGAGUCUCUCGUGGAGAAAUACCUUUUGAGUUCUAACAACCUCACAUUCACUAUGGUCGGUACCCCGUCAUUCAACAAGGAAUUGGACCAGAAUGAGGCCGUACGAAAGGAGAAGAAGUUUGAGCAGCUUAUCCAGGAACACGGUUCCGCUGAGAAAGCAGCAACUGAGCUUGGUAAAGCAGAGCUGCAGUUGCUCGAGAUCCAGGAAAAAGCUCAGCAUGCCGACCUCAGCUGCUUGCCCUCCAUCCGUGUGGAAGAUAUCUCGCGAACGAAGGAACGCAAGCCGUUCCGAAAAUCUGAGACUGAAGGCACAGAGAUCUAUUGGAAUGAAUCCCCUACUAACGGGCUCACAUACUUCCAAGCUGUAACUGAUUUCUCACUUGACGACAGCCUUCGCCCGCUUCUACCACUUUUCAACGACUGCAUCAUGCGACUUGGAACUCGCACUCGAACCAUGGAACAAUGGGAAGACUUGAUCAAGCUCAAGACUGGGGGACUCUCGACUUCUUGCUUCUACUCCUCGUCGCCGAGCGUACUUGGUGCACACAACGAAGGGCUACUAUUUUCUGGCUUUGCUCUGGAUGAGAAUAUACCGGACAUGCUAGAGAUUCUGACGACUCUCGUCCGGGAAACCGACUUUACUGGUCCUAAUGCAGCUGCUAUGAUCCUGGAGCUUUUGCGAUCGACUACCAAUGGAGCUUUGGAUUCCGUGGCAGGCACCGGGCACCGUUUUGCCCUGAACGCCGCGGCCGCGCAACUCAAUCGUGGCCUAUGGAUUCAAGAGCAGACGUCUGGCCUAGAACAGCUGCAAGCUACAGCAAACCUCUUGCGCGAUGCGCAGACUUCUCCCGAACAUUUAGAGGCGUUGGUCCGGAGGCUCUGCCAUAUUCAACAAUGGGCGAUCUCCAAGGCUUCCGGCCUUCGCGUUCGCCUUGUCUGUGACCCAAGCAGUUCCAGCCGAAACGAAUCCGUUUUACAGAAAUGGAUUUCUUCCCUCCCCGAAAGUGCUGUGCCAAGAUCUCAGGGUGGCCAACACAGACCGAAAGAGAGCAAGAUUUUGUUCGACAUGCCCUACAAGGUCUACUAUUCUGGUCUUGCCCUGCCCACAGUCCCCUUCACAGACUCCUCCAGCGCAACAUUGAGCGUCCUCUCGCAGCUUCUCACCCAUAACUACCUCCAUCCCGAAAUCAGAGAAAAGGGCGGCGCAUACGGCGCUGGUGCAAGCAAUAGCCCGCUCAAGGGACUAUUCGCUCUCACCACCUACCGAGACCCGAAUCCCGUCAACAGUCUCAAGAUUUUCCAGAACAGUGGAAUCUUUGCUCGAGACCGUGUCUGGUCUGACCGUGAGCUCAACGAGGCCAAGCUGGGCAUCUUCCAGGGACUCGAUGCUCCCCUUAGCGUUGAUGAGGAAGGAGCCCGACACUUCUUGACCGGAGUCACCCACGAGAUGGACCAGACCUGGAGAGAACAGCUCCUAGAUGUCACCGCUAAGGAUGUCAACGAGGCUGCGCAGCAAUUCCUGGUGGAUGCUCCCCUGCGCUCCGUCUGCCUUCUCGGAGAGAAGAAGGACUGGGUUGAGUCUGGAGACUGGACUGUCCGCAAGCUUUCCUUGAACUCCCCCGAGACUCCGAACGCAGAAGAUGCCGCCGGCUCUAUAUGA